UCCCCGCCCCAGAGGCGGAGCCGAGGUCGGAGCUUGCAGAGCUUGAGAACUGCCGAAACCCGCCCGGGGCUCCGGGCCUGGCUCGCACCCACCCCUACCCGACCGCAGGUUCGCCAACACCUGACCCCCUCCCCUUCCCCUGCCCACUGCUGGCAAAACUCAGCCUCCCAGGUCCCCGGCUGGGCCCAAGGGCGCCGGAGCAGGUGCAGGUGCGGCUUCUCCACCUCUCUUCCAUCCGGGCGCAUCCCGCCGGGCGGCCAUGGCGCGAGGAGACGCCCCGCAGGACAGCUACCACCUGGUCGGGAUCAGCUUCUUUAUCCUGGGGCUGGGCACCCUCCUACCCUGGAACUUCUUCAUCACAGCCAUCCCGUACUUCCAGGGGCGGCUGACGGGGGCCAACAGCACCGCUGAGACCCUGGGCACCAACCACACGAGCCCUGCAGAUACCUUCAACUUCAACAACUGGGUGACACUGCUGUCCCAGCUGCCCCUGCUGCUCUUCACGCUCCUCAACUCCUUCCUAUACCAGUGCAUCCCUGAGACGGUGCGGAUUCUGGGCAGCCUGCUGGUCAUCCUGCUGCUCUUCGCCCUGACGGCAGUGUUGGUAAAGGUGGACAUGAGCCCUGGGCUCUUCUUCUCCAUCACCAUGGCCUCUGUCUGGUUCAUCAACUCCUUUGGUGCAGUUCUGCAGGGCAGCCUCUUCGGGCAGCUGGGCACCAUGCCUUCCACGUACAGCACCCUCUUCCUCAGCGGCCAGGGCCUGGCUGGGAUCUUCGCUGCCCUGGCCAUGCUCAUGUCCAUGGCCAGUGGCGUGGAUGCCCAGACCUCCGCCCUGGGGUACUUCAUCACGCCCUGUGUGGGCAUCCUCAUGUCCAUCGUGUGUUACCUGAGCCUGCCCCACCUGAAGUUUGCCCGCUACUACCUGGCCAAGAAACCAUCACAGGCGCAGGGUCAGGAGCUGGAGACCAAAGCAGAGCUCCUCCAGUCUGAUGAGAACGGGAUUCCCAACAGCCCCCAGAAGGCAGCCCUGACCCUGGACCUUGACCCUGAGAAGGAGCCAGAGAUGGAGCCAGAGGAACCCCAGAAGCCAGGGAAACCUUCAGUGUUCCUUGUCUUCCGGAAGAUCUGGCUGACGGCGCUGUGCCUUGUGUUGGUCUUCACAGUCACCCUGUCCGUCUUCCCCGCCAUCACAGCCAUGGUGACCAGCUCCACCAGUCCUGGGAAAUGGAGUCAGUUCUUCAACCCCAUCUGCUGUUUCCUUCUCUUCAACAUCAUGGACUGUCUGGGACGGAGCCUGACCUCUUACUUCCUGUGGCCAGACGAGGACAGCCGGCUGCUGCCCCUGCUGGUCUGCCUCCGCAUCCUGUUCGUGCCACUCUUCAUGCUGUGCCACGUGCCUGAGAGGUCUCGGCUGCCCAUCCUCUUCCCACAGGACGCCUACUUCAUCACGUUCAUGCUGCUUUUUGCUGUUUCAAAUGGUUACCUGGUGUCCCUCACCAUGUGCCUGGCGCCCAGGCAGGUGCUGCCACACGAGAGGGAGGUAGCCGGCACCCUCAUGACCUUCUUCCUGGCCCUGGGGCUCUCCUGUGGAGCCUCCCUCUCCUUCCUCUUCAAGGCGCUGCUCUGAAGUGCUCCAUCCAGGGCUCUCCCAGCAUCUCUCUUCGGAAAUGAGACCCAGCACGAGGGGAUGGCAGGCGGGGCUCAGGACUCUGCCAAGCUGGGCCCCUUGGUCUUGGAGUACCAGGAGGAGGCGAGCGCUGCUCUCCUUCCUGGGCCAGUGGCCACUUGGGUUGCUGCAAGGAAGAAUUCACCACCUGUCAUUCCAACCCUCAUCCAAGAGAGGAGCUGGCGCAGAGGCAGACUAUCAAGAUGCACAUAAGACCUCACUGAAAGUGUGAUGAUCAGGAAAGAGAGGGCUGAGGACAAUGACCCUCCCUUCCCACCAGGAGUGUAUUUGUUAAUCAGCAGAAAUGCACUUGCUAAUCACCAGGGCUCAGAGGCUGCAGGUGGGGCCUUGACAAUGGAGUGGCUGGUGUGGCCCUGACAAUGGAGUGGCUGGUGUGGCCCCAGCUUCGGGUUCAGAAUGGGAGUGGGGCUUGCCCAGGGCAGGAGCUCCUCUUCUCUCCAGGCCUCAGCCACCCCAUGGUCUCGGACCCCAGAACAGAAGAUCCCAGGGAAGUUGAGGGGACCAGGGAGAAGGAACAGGAGUAACAGUGUUGUUAUCGCCAACACUGACUGUGUCUACCCCCCAAGCCCCGCUGGGCCUGGGUCCCAGAACUGCAGUUAGCCUGCAUGUGUGUACAGCACUUUACAGUUUGCAAAGCUCUUCCACACCGUCUCUCACUGAAGCCACAUUGAGGCCCUUGGAGGGAGCCGGGCAGGGAUUGGGCUCCCCUUUGUACAGGUGAGGAAACUGAGUCCCAGGGGGAAGUGACUGGUUCUUGGCAGAGCCAGGACCCAGCCCCCACCUCCCUGUAGGUGCUGUUCUUCCUGCCCACUGCCUGCUUCUCUUUCCUCAAGGGGCUCAAGGCGAGAAUCCCAAGCACUUCCUCCACCUUGUUGCUUGUUUUCCCCUCUGACCCUGUUCUUGGGUCUAAUAACAACGUUCUUCAUUUGUACAA